GCAAAGGUCAUUAGCCACUCCAAUACACUUCCGGGUCAAGGCCACUCUGCAAACCAUCUGGAUAAUUUCAAAUGUUAAACUCCUCUUUCAUCAGGGCGGUGUUCGAUGGAAAAAAGGAGUGGGAGGACACUGUAAUUAACUUAAUCUAGACACCGGACAGUUGUGAUUAAUCUUCAUUUUUGCGACCUGAGACUCCAUAUCGAAUCGCAAACAUGGCAAGAAUAGGCAGACUCUCCACCAAAGGCUCAGUGCUGUUACUGUGUGACAUGCAGGAGAAAUUCAGACCCGCGAUCUACCAAUUCACAAAUAUUGUGAGCAAUGCCGCAAGAUUACUACAGGCAUGUCAAAUCUUGAACAUCCCCCAGAUAUUGACAGAGCAGUACCCCAAAGGUCUGGGCCCCACGGUUCCUGAACUGGGUGCAGAUGGGCUAAAGCCUCAUGAAAAGACCAGUUUCUCCAUGCUGACAGACAGUGUGAAGAAUUCACUGAAGACCCUGGGAGAUCCUCAGCAGGUCAUUCUGUGUGGCAUUGAGGCUCAAGCCUGCAUCGCGUGCACAACCUUUGAUCUCCUCGAACAAGGCAUGGAGGUUCACAUUGUAGCAGAUGCUGUCUCUGCUCGAAGCCAAACAGAUCGGCUUUUUGCACUGUCUCGACUGAAGCAGAGUGGAGUGUUUCUUACCACCACAGAGGGAGUUUUAUUACAACUAGUGCAGAAUGCCAAGCACCCCAACUUUAAAGAAAUCCAGAAGCUCCUGGCCCACCCCUCCCCUGAUACAGGCCUGCUGGCCUUCUACAGCUGUCUGUAGGGCCAGCCACACACACCACACCCUACAGAAAUGAGUAGCCUACAUAAAUUACUGUAAUUUAACAUAAACUGUUGUGAAUAUUGUGCUGUUGCAUUUUCAAAUAAUAUUACUUUCAAAGAAACAAAAUAUUUAAAAUGGUGUAAUAAAGGCUGUAAUAUACGUUUAAUUAUUCAGUAUUAAUAAAUAAAAACAAAAUUAAACAACAACAAUUAACAGUUAUUCUGUAUCAUAUCUUAUGCAGACAUUGCAUAUAAAUAUCUAAAUAAAUGCUGCCAUAAAUUCUUUACACCUAUGGUGUGAGUAUGUGAGUUAUAAAUAACAUAGUAAUAACUCAUUGUUAAGUUUAUGUCUUUGUUAAUAUUGAUUUUAUUUUCUCGUUGCGUUUUGACAUCAAAAAGCCCACAGCCCCAUCAAAAAGGUUCAUGAAUACCAAACCAGGAAAUUUCUCUUUCUGUCUUACACACAAAAAAAUAGAAACUGGAUAUAAUUUAGCAUGAUCAAUAAUAAUAUUUAUGUCACUUUAAAGGGAAAAAUCUGAGCAUUUAUAAAUAAAUAAAUGUGUGCUAUAAACAGCACAUAUUUUUCUUAUAUACAGUGUCAUCAACAGAACUUUGCACACAUUGAUUUUCUGC